CAGACAGCUUCAAGAUUCACAGAAGAAAAACACUUUUGUUUGUUGCUAAACUUCGUGAAAUGUUGUUUUUCUCCUCAGUUAACUCAUCAGAAGUUGGAUCAGAGUCAUGGCGAUGUUUGGGAAAGUUCUGGAGCCGGUGGGCUACAUGCAGACCGUCAGGGUUUUGGUUCAGGGAAUCUGCUCCUAUCUGGGAGGAAGUUCCACCUCUGAGGAGGCCGAAGGAGCCAAGAAGAACCUGGACCACAUGGACCAGGAGCUGGGAGCUUCAGGAGGAGGUCUUCUGGAGGAUCCGGAGGUCCAUCAGCUGGAGGACGACCUGACGGUGGUUUAUUACCAGCUGGGCACCGCGGUGAGGGCCCAUCCAGACUUCACCCAGAAGGAGACGGAGGUGUUCCUGCACUACGUCCAGGACUACCGUCUGGAGAGGCAGCUCACGGCGCUCUACAACCGUCUGAUGGGGGUUUCUGUGCUGAGCGACCAGCCCACUCUGCUGGAGGAGCUCAUACUCAACCGCAAACCCAAACGCUGGGAGCUCCGGGAGUUCUGCGUCAAGAUAAACUUUGUCCUGGGCACUGGUCUGCUGUGUCUCUUCACUCAGGCGUCUCUGACCGGCAGAGACCAGGCCCUGUUGAUGAAGACCUGGUCCGACCGGAUGGGAGCCCUCUACAGGAAGAUGAAGACCUCUGGAGGCCGCUGCUUGGGCUACUUCCUGGAACAGGCCGAAGACGACAUCCGGCAGCAGCUGCAGGAGGCCGUGCAGAGACGAGCACCACCAGAGGAGGCGGCGGGAGACAUCCUGAAGACCCUGGAGAAGAACUAUGACUGGCUGCGCUGGGCGGUGAUGCUCCACCCGGCCGUCGGACGGAUGGAGGACGACAAGGAUGAGGAGACGCAGGAAGGCGAAAAGGAAAAGGAACCGACAGAAGAUCAAUCCAACAAUCUGCUUUCUGUUGCGUCUGAAGCUCCGAUCCCUCACGUGAUGGCGUGUUACCGCGACGCACCGACUUCGCUGGACAAAAGCCGCAUCCACCAGCUCAUCCAGGACCUGGAGUGGAAGAUCCCGAACCCGCCUCCUGAGGUGUACGCCUCCAUCGAGGAAGACCCGGGCAGGGCGAGGCGCUACCUGGCCUCGCGGAUGCUGAAGAAGCUGCAGGAGGGUCUGGGAUCUGGCGUCGCUGUCCACGUGGUGCCGGGCAGGAUGGAGAUGAAGUGCAACUUCCCUCCAGCGUCUUAUUACCUCUACGAAUACAAACACCGGCUGGCUUCAGGCACUGUUUGCGUGUUUGGGUGAAAGAGAAAGUAAGACCAAACAAGCUGCUGUUCAGUAGUACAAUAUCAGCUUUGUAUUUGAUGCUUUCACAGUGGCAUUAGCAUGUCAUGUGUAAUAUUACUUACAAAUAAACGUUAUUUCAGAGACAAAAAUA